UUUUAUUUAAGUAGGCUCCGUGCCCAGUGUGGAGCCCAAUGCAGAGCUUGAACUCAGGACCUUGAGAUCAAGACUGGCUGAGAUCAAGACUCACGCCCUUAACUGACUGAGCCAGCCAGGUGCCCACAGAGUGAUGACUUUAAAAUGUUAAUCUGAUUAUAACAAUUUUCCUCUAGAAAAGUAAGUAAGAUUAAAUAUGAAAACUCUCAGAAGCUUUCUAUUUGGUUAAAAACAGAGAAUCCUUAACAUGCUCUACCCAGUCCCUGCCCUGUCUGGCCCUGCGCCUCUCCAGGCUGUCUCAGAUCACACUUGCCCUUGUUCUUUGCUGGCUUGCCUUCUUUCAUUUCCUCAAACUCAGCAUUCCACCUCUCGCCAUAGGGCUUUGGCAUGUACUGCAUGCUCCCUCUGCCGGGAACACUCUUCCCCAGUCCCAUGUCAGUACUUCCUUGUUCAAACCUUAGCUCAAUGAUACUUCCUCGGGGAAGCUUUUCUUCCCUGGUCUCUCAGACUGGCUUCUAGCACAGUGUCUCUCUACUGUCAAUGUUGUGAUUUUACAUUUGUUAUCUCAUUUGAUGAAUUGCUGCCUUCUCCAGAAGAUUAUAAGACCUUUGUGGGCAGUGCCUGUGCCUGGAUGGGGACCCGGCACCUAGCAAAUGCCUGGCCCAGAGUAGACCCCCAGAGUAAAUAUUUGUGGAAUAAAUGAGUAAGGAUAAUAAUGGCAAGUUUAACCUAGUGGAUCAUCUGUUUGUCGCCUUUGGUCACAGUACCCUUGGACCUAGCUGAGACACGAAUAAACAGCAAAAGCCUAGAUGAUUGUUAUGUUAUUUCCAAGUUCUCAGUUUGUGAUAGAUUCAUUGGGAGGUAUAUGGACUAUUAGACAUGCCAAGUGCCUUGACUGAGGUAGGACAGCUUAAUGUGGCAUGGGGGAAAUAGCUAUAUAGUAGUCCCUUACCCCCUUUCCCAUGGUUUCACUUUCCAAGGUUUCAGUCGGCUGGCCGCAGUCUGAUGAUCCUCCUUCCUCCUUCUGACACUGUCAUCACAAGUUCAGUAGUGCUACCCCUUCCCCACUCAUGCUCUGUCUCUCUCUCUCUUUCUCUCAAAAAUAAAGAAAAACAUUAAAAAAAAAUUUAAAAAGGGUGGGGGGGGGGCCCUGGAUGGUUCAGUCAGUGGGUUAAGCAUCCAACCUUGGCUCAGGUUAUGAUCUCACGGUUCAUGCGUUCAAGUCCCGCAUUGGGCUCUGUGCUGACAGCUCAGAGCCUGGAGCCUGCUUCACAUUCUGUGUCUGUGUGUCUGUCUCUGUCUCUCUCUCUCACUCUCUCUUCCUCCUUCCACCCCUCACUCAUGUUCCCUCUCUCAAAACUAAAUAAAAACGUUAAAAAAUUUUUUAAAAAAAGUUCAGUAGUAGCUUAACACUACGUCGCCAAGUCUACAUCAUUCACCUCACUUCAUCUCAUCAGAUGGGCAUUUUAUCAUGUUACAUCAUCACAAGAAGGGUGAGUACAGUACAAUAAGACUUGGAGAGAAAGUGACCACGUUCACAUAACUUUUAUAAAAUUAUAUUGUAAUAAUUGUUCUAUUCUAUUAGUUACUGUUACUCUUACAGUGCCUAAUUUAUAAAUUUAGAAAAAACAUAAUUUAUGUAGGGUUCAGUACUAUCUCUGGUUUUAGACAUCCACUGGGGGUCUUGGAAUGUGUUCCUAGUGGAUAAGAGGAGACUGCUCUACUGCAUGAUAAUCUCUUGUAGGUAAGAAGAGCUUACUGUGUGUAUGUAAUUCUUUUGCACUUACUAGGGUACUGAAAAUGUGUGUGUAUGCAUAUUUAUGUAUAUAUGAAUAAAUAUACACAUAAAGGUGCCACGCAUUAAUAUAAUGAUUCCUUUUUUUUCAAGUUCUCAAAAUGUUAUGUAAACUUAAGAUAUCGUUUUAAGGUUCUUGUCCCAAUGUAUUCAUAUGAAUAAAUAUACUCAUAAAGAUGUUAUGCAUUAAUGUAAUUGUUCCUUUUUCACAAACUAGUAAUGUAAUGUAAACUUAAAAUACCAUUUCCAGGAUUCUUGUCACAAUAUAACCCUACUUCAUGUAAAAUUUAUUAAACUGUUUUUGAUAGUAAUUCAACUUGUAAUAAAUAGAAGUUCACAUUUGCACUAAAGAGAUUUGCUAGGCAAAUACUGUAUGAGAUUUCAGGAACCAAGAGCCCACGUAACAGAAAGAAAACAUUUUAAAGUUUACUGAUGGUAACUAAACCCAGCAGCCUCCCUUAUCUAGAACAUGGUUUAGCACUAAGAUGUAGGGAAAAAAGGCUCUCAGCCGCCAAAGAGCCUGUAACAAAAUCUAUCCUUUGAAGUUCUUUGAUUUUACACUUAAUGAGAGUUCUAAGGGCAUUGUCUCAGGAUUCACAGACACUUACUUAAGAUAUUCUUGUUUUCUUGUCCAUUUGGUGUCCCUAAAACACAGCAAUCAAAAGCCGCCAAUUAGAAGGACUAGGAGUAUGAGGGACAGGUUCCCUGAUGGCAGCAAUACUGGCAAAGAGAUUUGACAGCCAGAGAGGAGAGAGGGAGGGAGAGGAGGAUGUCACAGCAUUGCUGUUGGGGACACCUGGUGUGGGAACAUUCUGUUCCACAUACCUGGAUAGCUUCUCAGAUUAUGAAUUUUUUGAAUGACAAAACUUUCCACAUUACUUCUUGAGCACCAAUUUCCUUAUUUGUAGAAUGACUAUGAAGAAGAUUGUUUUUUAUAAUGGCGAGUGUGGCUCAUCAUAACAAAGUUGUGGUGUUUCUUUCUAUUCAGUGAACGGAAAUUAGAAUGUUUAUAAUAUAUUAAGAUUUUCAUUCAAGAUAGUUGUAGCAAGUAUUUUGAUCCUUAAAGUGGUAAGCUUCUAAAUUAUCUAGAAUAGGUAGUUACAUAGCCCUGAUGGUACUAAAUAAUUGAAGAGUCCGUUAGAAUUCUGUAAAAUUGGAUGCCACUCAUUAGAAAUGUCGUGUGGAUUGUCUCUGUGGGAAAAUCUUUUUUGUUCUAUUUGUUGGCUUGAAUCAUAUUCUACCCUGCAGUUUCUUUAAGAUACUUCUUAAUCACUACCACUAGGGAUAUAUCCUGACCUUUCUCCUAGUUAGACUGUGAAGAGUGAAGCAGUAAGCUCUGACUUUUUAACACUGAUCAAGUUACUUAAUGACUGCAAGGUUUUUGGUUUAAUUACUUGGAAAAGUCUGUAUGCUUUAAGGUGGUAAGUGUUUUGAAACAGACAUUCACAUUUCUUCCUUUUUUCUCCUUCGAGGUUAAUUGGCUGCAUCUCUUUAUCUUCUGGAUUUCUAUUAAUAUUCUUAAAUUCUGCUUGGGUAGUAAAUAAGAUAAUUUUAAUUGAAACUUAGAUUUUAUAAAAGAUGUGACAGACUAAUGUAGAUAUUAAUAUUCCUGAAAAAGUUUUAGGUUUUUUAAUCUAAAUUUAUUUUGAAUUAUGAAAAUAUGUUUCAAUCUUCUGAUACAAUGGCAUCUCCAUGCUGUUUUAUGAGGUCCUAAUAAUGUUUUUGGGAUUCAGGACUUAUAGAAUUAAACUUCAUUAUUAAAAUGAUUGGACAGCCCUUUUGAAAGCAAUAGAACAAUUAUUUUUUUAAUUUGUAUCUUUAUCAUUUUACAAAAAGGACUGUACACUGGAGACUACAAAAUUUUCUUUUUUCUUUUUUUUAGAUUUCUUUUUAGCAUUCAUUUUUGAGAGGGUGUGAACAGGGCAGGGGCAGAGAGAGAGGGAGACAUAGAAUUCAAAGCAGGCUCCAGGCUCUGAGCUGUCACCACAGAGCCUGACGUGAGGCUUGAACUCACAAGCUGUGAGAUCAUGACCCAAGCUGAAGUUAGACGCUUAACCGACUGAGCCACCCAGGCGCCCCAUAAAUUUGCCUUUUUCUUGACAGUAUUUUGUUAGUUGUGUUGAUAAACAUGGAGCUAUCUUUUUUGUUUUUUUUAAUGUUUAUUUUUGAGAGAAACCAAGUGUAAGCGGGGAAGGGGCAGAGAGAGAGAGAGGGAGACACAGAAUCUGAAGCAGGCUGCAGGGUCUAAGCUGUCAGCACAGAGCCCAAUGUAGGGCUCAAACCCACUAACCGAGAGAUCAUGACCUGAGCCAAAGUCAGUCACUUAACUGACUGAGCCACCCAGGCGUCCCUGAGCUGUCUUUUUAAUGACUGAAUAAUAUUCUGUUAUAUGAAUGUCUCAUUAGCCAGUUUUCUAUUUUUUUCUCAGUUUCCUGUUUUUAGACAUUUAUAUUGUUUGUGUUUGGAUUGUUAUAUUAACCUUUAGUGACUGCCAUCGUAUAUGCAUUUUUAUGUAUUAGAGAAUUUAUUUCUAUAAAAUAAAUAUUCAGAAGUGGAAUUGCUGAGUCAAAGGACAUGGAUAUUUAAAAUUUGAUUGUAUAGCUGAAUUGCAUCAUCAAACAUUGUACCAGUUUAUAUUUAUUUCUGUUUAUUUCACAGUAUGUGAGAGUGCCCGUGGCCCCACAUUUUGGCUAUCAUUGGACAUCAUCCAUCUUUCAUUUUUUGCCAGUCUGGAUGAAAGAUGGUUUCUUAUUUUAAUUUGCAUUUUUUAGCUUUUUAACAUCAUUGUACAACUUGCCAUAUUUAUUAUGGACAAGCUGUCAUAAUAAUUUAUUGGACAAGUUGUCAUAUUUAUUAACAGUUUCAUAUUUCUUUGGUAUAUUUUCUUUCAUACAUGGGUAAGAACUGUUUAUUUUUUCCUGUUGGUUUGUGAUCACCCUUUGUAUGUUAGAAUAGCUCUGACAUGUAUUGCAAUUGUUUUCCUCCACUUUGGUGUUAUGAAUUUCAGUUAAGAGUGUUUUUCCACAAAGAAAGUUUGUCUUUUCAGAUUUCAGUUUUUUCUUUUCAUUAUUUUUGCAUUUAGGUCUUAUAGCAUGGCCUUCUAGAGAUGCAGUGCUGUGUAGUACUGAAGAGUGCAGAUGCAUGAAUUAUAGUCAGAGUGUCACCACUGCCAGGUAGUGUAACUGGGCAGUUACUUACCUUCUUUGCAUUUCACUUUUCUUAACUGUAAGAUGAAGAUACCAUUUCAUAGUUAUAAUGAGGACUGAGUAUUUGUAUAGCUCUUCAGACAGUGAGUGCUUGGUGCACAGUAAACACUGUAUAAGUAAUGGUUCUUACUAUUCCCUAUUGUAAAGUUAUACAAAUUCACCAGCAUUUUCUAAUAUUUUUAUGUAUUUAAAAAAAAAAAAAAAACUUUAACUUCUGAUCCAUCUGAAGUUGUAAGGAAUGGUACAGGGUCUAACUUCAUUGUCUCCAAAUGACUAACUAGGUGUCCCAGCACUGUUUAUUGAUUAAAAGUAUUCCCUUUAUCACAUACUAAAUUCUCAGAUAUUUGGAAGUUCCUAGAUACAUUUCUUUAUUCCAGAUCUUUUUCUUGCACUAAGGGCCUAAACUCCUAAAUAGCCACAUUUCAAGAUUAAAAGAAAGACAUUAACUAGAGAGAAAGGAUAUAUCAGGAGAUUAUUAACUAUAUCUUUGCUGACUCAUUCUUAUUGAUUUUGGUCCCUGAAAUGUCUUGGCUUCGUUGACAGAACCCUGCAUCCUACUGCCUCUGGGAUAGUUUCUCUAGAAGGUGCAGCUCUGGCAGGUGCUAUAGCCCUGUGUCCACACUGAAUCCCUGUCACCCUGCCCCCCAGCUUCUCUAUCCUCUCCCUCAGUUCUCCUGCUUGUUUUGGGUGCCUGUUGGUAACUCCUGCCAUCAUCUCCCUCAUUGCUGUGCUCUUAUUCUUCUGGCUUUCUUAUCCUCAGCAUCCAAGCAGUCUCCAGUUGUACUGUUGCCAGUUCCCUGCUAGCCUUGGAAUUCACCCUACGGCUGCUAAUCCAGGGUCACACUAUUGUCACCUCAUCUCGAUCUUGCAAAGCCUCCUUCCUAACCACACUCCUGCUUUUAGACAUGUCUUCCUGUCUUUUCCCUACACUGUAGUUAGAGUGAGGCUUCUACAGUGAGGGUAUGACCCUGACACUUCUGUCCACGGAACUUUCCUUCAUCCUCAGAAUAAAGUCCAGACUCCUUAAUCUAGCUCAGAAGCCCCUGGUGACCAGGUCUGCUCCCCUCUUAGCUCCCCCUUUCAGGACACCGUCUUUAUUUUCAAUGUGCUGUUUCCUCCAUCUGGAAUACUCCUCAUCUCCACUGUGAGAUGGUUUUCAAUAUGUUUUUACUCCCUUUGCAAUAACGAAUUACUGGUAUUCUACUAAAUAUAAGUGUGGCUUUUUGCAGAAGUCAAUACUGUAUUGUGAAUUCUGCUGAACUCUGAUUUAAAGUUCCUCAGUAUCUGAAUUAGAUUUGUCGCUUUUAAACCUCUUCAGUUUUUCCUCUGUGAUUGUGUAUGUAGUCACGUCUUAACUGAACAACGGUGUUUACGAAGAGUUGUUUGUAAAGUGUACGUUAUUAUACAGUGAGUCGGAUUUUUCAGGUUAUGUGAAAAUUUCAUAGGUGCAAUGUUGGGAGAAAAUUUUGGUGCCACACAAUGUAUUGCUGUCUUUGGGAAUAAUCCAAGACCAUCUCCCGUAGGAGAACAAACAUGCUGAAAUGCUACAAUCACAGGGCUUGACUGUGUCCUGGGCACAUCAUCACAAGGUUUAUAUCAGCUGCCUGGCCUCCUCAGGCAAGGUCCCAGGAAGCCGAUGGGCUGUAGGAAGACAGGCCUGUCAGAAGUGGGGUCAUUUGAAAUCUCUUUUUGUCUAGUCUUUGCAUACUCUUUCCAGAAAAACCAAAGGCUAGAGUAGUAAACAUGCCAGGGUGAAUGUCCAUUACCAGUGCUGUCAUCCCCCCUUACACCGCCACCAUCCAUGCCUUCAAGAGCACUCUGAGUGACUUCUGUGAACCAGGCUCCAAGGUACUAGGGACCCAGGAGGGAUGAUGCGUGUAAAGGAGUUUAACAAGGUAACAGUCUGCUGAUGACAAGGGUUGUGCAGCUCUUAGUCAUCUGGGAAUGACACUGGUGUAGGGAGGGUUUUCAGGGAAAUGGGAGGUCCAUGCCAAGUUCUGGAGAAUGCAGAGCUGUGAAACAGGUGAAAGGGGCUUGCUUACAGGGAGACUUCAUGAGGUGCAGGGGGAACAGACACAGGCCCUCUGCUGAUAAGUGAACUGCAAGUAUAGUUCAAAUAGCUCUAAAUGGGUGGAGAGUAGAGUGUACAUGGGGCUAAGGAACCAACCUGUGGACAAGAUUUCUGUCUGUGCCCAGAGAGCCGUGCAGAGCUCUCUGCUUCAUUAUUGCUCCCACUGGUCAAUCCUUAGAUCUCUGUGCUUAGGGCAAAAUAAAAAGCUUUUGUAGUUUUACAGGUAACCACAGUGUGCUAGGAAGUGGAACAGGAGGCCCAAAGAAGGAGUUACAUCAGAGCUGGUGCAAGGUAGUCUGCAGCCACAAGUCUUUCUGGAAGCUAUGACUCUUGCAUGGCCAGCAGCUCCCACAGUUGCAGAGGUCCACAGAUUGGGAGGUGUUUACCUGCAAAACAAAUUCCAUCCACUUUGAACCUGAAUGUGGUUUUGGAACUGCACUACACUGGGCUGUAGUGAUUAGGGCCCUAAGAGUCAGACCUGCUAGCCACUUAAUACUGUUGGACCCAGGGAAAGUCACUUAACUUCUCUGACCCUCAUAUUUCUCACCUCAAAAAUGGUGUGAGUGGGGUGAUGAGAUGAAAUAAUAAAGCUUGAUUCUUGACCCAGUAAAGUACUCAGUAGGGGCGCCUGGGUGACUUGUCAGUUAAGCCUCCGACUUCGGCUCAGGUCAUGAUCUCACAGCCUGUGAGCUCAAGGCCCACGUCAGGCUUAAUUCUGACCGCUCAGAGCGUGGAGCCUGCUUCGGAUUGUGUCUGUCUGUCUUGUCUCUCUUUCGGCCCCUUCCCCAUUUGUGCUCCGUCUUUCUCAAAAUAAAUAAAUAAAAGUAAACAUUAAAAAAAAAUUUUUAAGUACUCAUUAACUGUCAGUAAUAUCACUGCAAAUAACUAUGAAGACCAGUUAAAACUUUGUACAAAUGAAGAUGAGGUUAAGACACUCAAGGUUACCUUACUAAUUACCAUUAAUUUAGGAAAGGUAAUGUAUAUAGAUUAUGUGUCAUCUUGAGAGGAAUUUAUUUUUUAUUAUUUUGAAAUUAUUUACUGGAAUAAUGGAAAACACAACUUUCAGAAUUAUGUGAUAUGGGAUAAAGCAUAUCACUGGUAGUACAUAGAUCAAGGUUCUCAUCACUUUGUGAGGACAUAGGGCUGGUUUUCUGGGUUUGGUUUUCUCAUCUGUGAAAAGAAGAGGUGACUUACAUAAUCUCUUGGUUCCCUUAAAGAUCUAACAACUUUACAAAAAUUUAACUUGAAAAUUACCGCUUGUGGCUGUAUUUAGUUCUAAUUACUAAAAUGAUUACUUUUGUGAACUUACAUACUCUUGAAAUUUUAAACCUGGAUAUCAGCCCUAACAAGAAAUACAAAUGAAAAUCAAUGAAGGCCUAGAAAAGUGGAAUCAUGUUUAUUAACUGACAUUAAAUGAUGAGAAAAUCCUUACUUUUUUUUUAAAGCCUGUAACUAUACUGGGAGUAUAGUAUUUUGCAAAGUGGAGAAAAAUUAGGACUGAGUAAUUAGCAUGUUUGUGUUUAACAGCUAUGGUUAGAGAAGAGUUUUGAAAGUAACUUUGAAUCUAAUUUUUGGUAACUAUACUGGUAAAAGCUGUUUUGCCUUUUGGUUUUUUUUUUUUGUUGUUGUUUAGCUUUAAUUGUAUAAGGAAAGGAUAUCCCCAGGGAUAUCUUCUAACGAACAAAGCCCUCUUUUGUCUUUUUCCUAAAUUUGUAAAGUUUUUCCAUAAAUGCCCAUAUGUAUACAUUCUUUUUUGCUUAAAACUUUAAAUGCAUUGUUCAGUGACACUUAGUUGUAUUGCUUCCUGAUACUGAAAAUUCAGAUUUAACUGUAUUGCGGGGGUUCUUUUCACAUAAUUUGGACAGAGUUGGCAAUUCCUAGAAAGUAUGAAUUUCACUAUGAAUUUUUUUUUCUUUUUAAUCUAAUAGCUUGGUGCUCAAGUUCUAGAAGAAUAUGACUUUCAGUCGCGAGAUGGAGAAUAAAGAAACUCUCAAGGGGUUGCAUAAGAUGGACGAUCGCCCAGAAGAACGAAUGAUCAGGGAGAAACUGAAGGCAACCUGUAUGCCAGCCUGGAAGCACGAGUGGCUGGAGAGAAGAAAUAGGAGGGGCCCUGUGGUGGUAAAACCAAUCCCUAUUAAAGGAGACGGUUCUGAAACUCACAGCUUGGCAGCUGAGUCUCCAGGAGAAAGCCAGGCAAGCACCACUUCACCAGCUCCCAAGGGCCGCCGCAGUCCUUCUCCCGGCAGCUCCCCGGCGGGCCGCACAGUGAAAUCUGAAUCUCCAGGAGUGAGGAGAAAGAGAGUCUCCCCCGUACCUUUUCAGAGCGGGAGAAUCACACCACCUAGAAGAGCCCCUUCCCCGGAUGGCUUCUCACCAUACAGCCCUGAGGAGACAAACCGCCGUGUAAACAAAGUCAUGCGGGCCAGGCUGUACUUACUGCAACAAAUAGGACCCAACUCUUUCCUGAUUGGAGGAGACAGCCCAGACAAUAAAUACCGGGUGUUUAUUGGGCCUCAGAACUGCAGCUGUGGACGUGGAACAUUUUGUAUCCAUCUGUUAUUUGUUAUGCUCCGGGUGUUUCAACUAGAACCUUCAGACCCAAUGUUAUGGAGAAAAACUUUAAAGAAUUUUGAGGUUGAAAGUUUGUUCCAGAAAUAUCACAGUAGGCGUAGCUCAAGGAUCAAAGCUCCAUCUCGUAACACCAUCCAGAAGUUUGUUUCACGCAUGUCAAAUUCUCAUACAUUGUCAUCAUCUAGUACUUCUACAUCUAGUUCAGAAAACAGUAUCAAAGAUGAGGAGGAACAGAUGUGUCCUAUUUGCUUGUUGGGCAUGCUUGAUGAAGAAAGUCUUACUGUGUGUGAAGACGGCUGCAGGAACAAGCUGCAUCACCACUGCAUGUCAAUCUGGGCAGAAGAAUGUAGAAGAAAUAGAGAACCUUUAAUAUGUCCCCUUUGUAGGUCUAAAUGGAGAUCUCACGAUUUCUACAGCCAUGAGUUGUCAAGCCCUGUGGAUUCCCCUUCUUCCCUGCGAGCUGCACAGCAGCAAACCAUACAGCAGCAGCCUUUGGCUGGAUCACAACGAAGGAGUCAGGAGAGCAAUUUUAACCUUACUCAUUAUGGAACUCAGCAGAUUCCUCCUGCUUACAAAGAUUUAGCUGAGCCAUGGAUUCAGGUAUUUGGAAUGGAACUCGUUGGCUGCUUAUUUUCUAGAAACUGGAAUGUAAGAGAGAUGGCUCUCAGGCGUCUUUCCCAUGAUGUUAGUGGGGCUCUGCUAUUGGCAAAUGGGGAGAGCACUGGAAAUUCUGGGAGCAAUGGUAGAAGCAGCCCGAGCGCUGGAGCCACCAGUGGGUCUUCCCAGACCAGUAUCUCAGGAGACGUGGUAGAGGCAUGCUGCAACGUUUUAUCAAUGGUCUGUGCUGACCCUGUCUACAAAGUGUACGUUGCUGCUUUAAAAACAUUGAGAGCCAUGCUGGUAUAUACUCCUUGCCAUAGUUUGGCAGAAAGAAUCAAACUGCAGAGACUUCUCCGGCCAGUUGUAGACACCAUCCUAGUCAAGUGUGCAGAUGCCAAUAGUCGCACAAGUCAGCUGUCUAUAUCAACCCUGUUGGAAUUGUGCAAAGGCCAAGCAGGAGAGUUGGCAGUUGGCAGAGAAAUACUUAAAGCUGGAUCCAUUGGUAUUGGUGGUGUUGAUUAUGUCUUAAGUUGUAUUCUUGGAAACCAAACUGAAUCAAACAACUGGCAAGAACUUCUGGGCCGCCUUUGUCUUAUGGACAGACUGCUGUUGGAAUUUCCUGCUGAAUUUUACCCUCAUAUCGCCAGUACUGAUGUUUCACAAGCUGAGCCUGUUGAAGUCAGGUAUAAAAAGCUGCUGUCCCUCUUAACCUUUGCUUUGCAGUCCAUUGAUAAUUCCCACUCAAUGGUUGGCAAACUCUCCCGAAGGAUCUAUCUGAGUUCUGCAAGAAUGGUUACUGCAGUGCCCCAUGUAUUUUCAAAACUGUUAGAAAUGCUGAAUGUUUCCAGUUCCACUCAUUUUACCAGGAUGCGUCGUCGUCUGAUGGCUAUUGCAGAUGAGAUGGAAAUCGCUGAGGCCAUCCAGCUGGGCAUAGAAGACAAUCUGGAUGGUCAACAUGACAGCUUUUUGCAGGCAUCUGUCUCUAGCAGCUUUCCCGAAACCACAGACAACAGCUCCCUUGAGCACACAGACCAUUUAGAGAAAACUGGAAAAGUACUGUGUGCCACAAAACUGAGUGCCAAUUCAGAAGACGUUACUGACAGACUGGGCAGCAUUUCAGUAGGACUUCCUAGUUCAACAACAGUGGAGCAACCAAAGCCAGUGGUUCAAACUAAAGGCAGACCCCACAGUCAGUGUUUGAACUCCUCUCCUUUAUCUCAUCAUUCCCAAUUAGUGUUUCCAUCCUUGUCAACUCCUUCUUCAUCUGCCCCAUCUGCACCAGUUGGUACCGGAACAGAUAUCGCUAAGCAUAGACCUCAGGGAUUCAUUCCCUGCAAAAUACCUUCUGCAUCUCCUCAAACACAGCGUAAGUUUUCUCUACAGUUCCAGAGAAACUGUUCCGAAAACAGAGACUCAGAUAAACUUUCCCCCAUCUUUACUCAGUCAAGACCCCUGCCUUCUAGUACUAUACACAGGCCAAAGCCGUCUCGACCUACCCCAGGUAAUACAAGUAAACAAGGAGAUGUCUCAAAGAAUAGCAUGACACUUGAUCUGAAAAGUAGUACUUCCAAAUGUGAUGACAGCUUUGGUGGCAGCAGCAAUAGCAGUAGUGCUGUUAUACCCAGUGAUGAGACAGUAUUCACCCCAGUAGAAGAGAAAUGCAGAUUAGACGUCAAUACAGAACUCAAUUCCAGCAUUGAGGACCUUCUUGAAGCAUCUAUGCCUUCAAGUGACACAACAGUAACUUUUAAGUCAGAAGUUGCUGUCCUGUCUCCUGAAAAGGAUGAAAAUGAUGAUACCUACAAAGAUGAUGUGAAUCAUAAUCAGAAGUGCAAAGAAAAGAUGGAAGCUGAAGAAGAAGAAGCUUUAGCAAUUGCCAUGGCAAUGUCAGCGUCUCAGGAUGCCCUCCCCAUAGUUCCUCAACUACAGGUUGAAAAUGGAGAGGAUAUCAUCAUUAUUCAACAGGAUACACCCGAAACUCUACCAGGACAUACCAAAGCAAAGCAACCUUACAGAGAAGACACUGAAUGGCUAAAAGGUCAGCAGAUAGGCCUUGGAGCAUUUUCUUCUUGUUAUCAGGCUCAAGAUGUGGGAACUGGAACUUUAAUGGCUGUUAAACAGGUGACAUAUGUCAGAAAUACAUCUUCUGAGCAAGAAGAAGUAGUGGAAGCAUUAAGAGAAGAGAUCAGAAUGAUGAGCCAUUUGAAUCAUCCCAACAUCAUUAGGAUGUUGGGAGCCACAUGUGAGAAGAGCAAUUAUAAUCUCUUCAUCGAAUGGAUGGCAGGGGGAUCUGUGGCUCAUUUGCUCAGUAAAUAUGGAGCCUUCAAAGAAUCAGUAGUUAUUAACUAUACUGAACAAUUACUUCGUGGCCUUUCAUAUCUCCAUGAAAACCAGAUCAUUCACAGAGAUGUCAAAGGUGCCAAUUUGCUAAUUGACAGCACAGGUCAGAGACUGAGAAUUGCAGAUUUUGGAGCUGCAGCCAGGUUGGCAUCAAAAGGAACUGGUGCAGGAGAGUUUCAGGGACAGUUAUUGGGGACAAUUGCAUUUAUGGCACCUGAGGUACUAAGAGGUCAGCAAUAUGGUAGGAGCUGUGAUGUAUGGAGUGUUGGCUGUGCUAUUAUAGAAAUGGCUUGUGCUAAACCACCCUGGAAUGCAGAAAAACACUCCAAUCAUCUUGCUUUGAUAUUUAAGAUUGCAAGUGCAACUACUGCUCCAUCGAUCCCUUCACAUUUGUCUCCUGGUUUACGGGAUGUGGCUCUUCGGUGUUUGGAACUUCAACCUCAGGAUAGACCUCCGUCAAGAGAGCUACUGAAGCAUCCAGUCUUCCGUACUACAUGGUAGCCAUUUACACAAACUAUAAUGGGGACAGGAUGCUCAUCAAGAGAAAAAAACUUUUGUGGGGAACCACGUUGAUAAUCUGCUGGCCUUCAUGCCAACGAACAGCUAUGAACAAGACCAGUGGGAACCCUUACCUAAGUAUGUGAUUGACAAAUCAUGAUCUGUACCUAAGCUUAGUAUGCAAAAGUCCACAGUUUGUGCAGACACUAUAAACUGUGCCUUUCAAAGAACUGGCCAUAGGUAAACAGGAAAGCAAUGAAGUUUGCAUGACUAAUGAACAGAAGCAUAUUUUGGGGUUUUUUGGAGCACUUUUUCAGCAAUAUUAGCAGCUGAGGGGCUCAGGAUCUAUUUUAAUGUUUCAAUUAUUCUUCCAUUUCAUAUCAUGAUCACAGGCAGGGGGUUCUGCAAUUCCGUUCAGUUUUUUGUCACUGGCUAUAAAUCAGUAUCUGCCUCUUUUAGAUCGGAAUAUGCUAUAAGUAGCAGUAAAUAAAUAUAUUUUUAAAAGUUGAUGACUUCUUUAUGAACCACAGUUGACCUUUAUUUUUUAAAUGCCUGGGCAGUUGUGGUUCACUGUGCAUUUUACUGUUGGCCCAUUCAUUUCGUUUUUGGAAAUUAUGGUUCUAUAUUUUCAUUUCACCUUCACUUUUGUUUAAUAUUCAGGGAAAGGUGAUCUUUUCAAACCAGAAAAAAAAAUAGAACUAGAUGUGAACUAGAGUUUAUUAAAUAUCUUGCUAUUCCAAGUGUUUUUUUUUUAAUACAGAUUAAUUUUGUUUUAAAUUGGAAUAUAAUAAAAUACUACCUUCAUUGAGUCAGUCACUGCUCUUUUCAUGCAGGUUAAAUAUAAAUUAAGUGAAAAUCAACUAUUCUCUGUGAUGCAGCUCACAACCAAGAUCAAGAUUACCUUGAAAUUUAUUUGAGUUCUUUUAAUGUAUUGGUUUCUUUUGUAGGAAACUUCACACCACUGAAGUCUUACUUUGUAUGUAACAAUCCAUCAUUCGUCAUCACCACUAAUAACAACAUGAGACUGCUAUUUUCCUUCUACCAUGCAUCAUCUCUUUCCACUAGGCCUGGCUGACCAUUAAAGAAAAAUUAACUAAUCACCCAACUAUUAAUAAUAGCGUUUGUACAAAAUAAAUCUGCUUGGGACUUUGAAAAUGUGUUCAGAAAGAAAAGUCAAAUGGAUUCCACUUACUAAUCCUUGAAUUUUGCACAAUUAUCUAAUGGUUUUCAUCUGAGUGGAAUUCAGAUACAUGGAAUCUAGAAGGAAAAUGGCAGCUCUUUUAUCCUUUUUUUGUGAGUCUUUUAAAAUCAAGUACUGAUUAAAUAUUUAAUACAGCUUUUUGAGAUGUUAAAUUUUAACUCUUCAGACGCCAGUUGAAUUGUUGCAGAAUGAAACAGAAUUGGUUAUUCUCAAAGACUCAGGAUAAACUAAAUAAGCUAUAUAGAGUACAUUUUAAGUGUACAACACAAAUUGGAAGUAAAAUAAGUUACAAGUUAAGUUUACAGGGAUAUAUUGCAUAUAAUUUUUAAAAGACAGUUUUGGUUUUUUGGGUUUUUGUUUUUUUGGGUUUUUUUUCUAUGUGAAUGUGUCUCUUAGUGAAAUUUUACAUUCCUUUGUUUUGGAAGAUUGGCAAUAUUUGAAGAGUUAAAAAUAGUACCGAAAUGUGAAGUUUGGUAGCUCUACAUGUGUUGUACUUGACUUUCUUUUUUAUUUUCUAUCUUUUGUGUGUGACUACUUAGAAUUUUCACAACUCUAAUAAGAUUGUUUCCAAGUUUCUCAUGUGCAAGCUUUAACGGAUGCACUCUUGCCAUUUGAUGUACUGGAAGAUCACUGGUCAGAUCAGUACUGUGUCUG